GAGAGAGAGAGAGAGAGAGCUGUGCUGGACGCAGAGACAGUCAAGUCACUGGCUUUUCCUUAAAAAAUAUAAUGUUAAGUGUCUAGUGCCUGUAACGUCUCAGGGGUCUUGCUGCAGCUUUCAACACUGAUCCUCCCCUCAGUGACUGGCUUCUGCUCCCAAGACCAUUGAGGCAACGUGAGAGAACUGAGUCAGUUGGCUAUCUCAGUGUAGCACUGGGGCUGUUUUUAUUUUGAUGUCUUGUCAACUGAUUGAGUGGUAGUGGUCCUGGGGAGGGGGUUUGUGUGUGGUGCUGUUGCAGGAUGGGGUCAAAGGAAGAACAUUAAAGAAAAGGGAACUGCCAGCUGGACUAACGUUAUUUCCCCCCCCACACACACUGUGUGUAUGGGGAUGUUUAAUUUGAUCAGUUUAUAAUCACCCCCUCCCCUCCUCCACCACCUGGACUUGGAGAAGUUUAAAUGUAUCUCAAUGGCUGGGGCUCAGGCUGGUGUACACGCCCUUCAGCUCAAACCUGUCAGCGUACCCGAGAACUUAAAGAAGGGAAGCAAAUUUAUGAAAUGGGAUGAUGAUUCCACGACUGUAACUCCUGUUACUUUGAAAGUGGACCCACAGGGAUUAUUCCUUUACUGGGCAGAUCAAAAUAAGGAAACAGACCUGCUGGAAAUUAGCCUGGUCAAGGAUGCCCGUACAGGAAAGUACGCAAGAAAUCCCAAGGAUGCCAAGCUCCGGGAGUUGUUGGAUGUCGGAAAUCAGGGAAGUCGCCUGGAGAACAGGAUGGUCACCGUGGUUUAUGGCCCGGAUUUGGUUAAUAUUUCCUAUCUCAACUUCAUGGCCUUCCAGGAAGACGUAGCAAAGGAAUGGACUGAUGCAUUAUUCAGCCUGGCAACUAACCUGUUAGCACAGAACAGAUCAAGGGACACUCUGUUGCACAAAGUGUACACCAAACUCAAGCUCCAGACAAACCAAGAUACCCGGAUCCCUGUUAAAAACAUUUUCCGGAUGUUUUCUGCUGAUCGGAAACGUGUAGAAACUGCGUUAGAUGCGUGUGGUCUUCCAUCUGGCAGGAAUGACUCCAUUCCACAAGAAAAUUUCACAACUGAAGUAUUCCAAGCUUUCUUGAAUAGCAUCUGUCCUCGGCCUGAACUUGACGUCAUUUUCUCGGAAUAUGGUGCAAAGGACAUACCGUAUCUAACGGUAGACCAGAUGACAGAGUUCAUCAAUUCCAAGCAGAGAGACCCGCGUUUGAACGAGAUACUGUACCCUCCAGUGAAACCAGAACAAGUGCAACAGCUCAUCGAGAAAUACGAACCAAACGCCGCACAUGCGAAGAGAGGGCACAUAUCUAUCGAUGGGUUCAAGAAGUAUUUGAGUGGCAAUGAGAACGGAGUCAUUCCACCAGAGAAAUUGGAUCUGAGUGAGGAUAUGACUCAACCCCUGUCGCACUAUUUCAUCAACUCGUCACAUAACACCUACCUCACAGCCGGACAGCUCGCUGGAAACUCUUCUGUGGAAAUGUACCGUCAGGUGCUGCUGGCAGGGUGUCGGUGUGUGGAGCUGGACUGCUGGAAGGGCCGCUCAACGGAGGAGGAACCAGUCAUCACUCACGGAUUUACCAUGACAACCGAAAUAUGUUUCAAGGAAGUAAUUGAAGCCAUCGCUGAGUGUGCUUUCAAGACCUCUCCUUACCCUGUGAUCCUCUCCUUUGAAAACCAUGUUGAUUCUCCAAAACAACAGGCGAAGAUGGCAGAGUACUGCAGGUCGAUAUUUGGAGAUGCAUUACUGAUGGAAGACCUGGAAAAAUACCCGCUCGAGGCGGGAGUGCCCUUGCCCAGCCCGCACGACAUGAUGGGUAAAAUUCUCAUCAAGAACAAGAAGAAAGGCCACAAGCCGACCGAUGGAAGUGCCAAGAAAAAGCUCAGUGAGCAGGCAUCAAACACACACAGCGACUCCUCAAGCGUCUUUGAGCCCUCGUCCCCAGGAGCAGCAUCCUCCAAUCCUGAGGAGCCAGAUGCUACGCAACAAUCCAAUGUGGAUGGAUCAGACAAGCCCAUUGACAAAGUAGGAAAGGAGGUGGCUGAUCAGAAAGCAAUUGGCAGAAAAUCUAUAGGCGAUGGAGAAGCAGAAAGUGAAGAGGAAGAAGAUGAUGAUGAAGAUUCCAAGAAAUCCUCAAUGGAUGAGGGGACUGCUGGAUGUGAAGCGAGUGCUACAGAAGAAAUGUCCAACCUGGUUACCUACAUACAGCCAGUGAAGUUUGAGUCCUUCGAGAUUGCUAAGAAGAACAACAAAAGUUUCGAAAUGUCGUCGUUCGUGGAGACCAAGGCUCUGGAGCAGCUGACGAAAUCGCCUGUGGAGUUUGUGGAAUACAACAAGAGGCAGCUGAGCCGCAUUUAUCCGAAGGGAACCCGAGUGGAUUCCUCAAACUACAUGCCUCAGGUAUUUUGGAAUGCCGGAUGUCACCUGGUAGCUCUUAACUUCCAGACAUUAGAUCUGGCUAUGCAACUGAACAUGGGGAUGUUUGAGCAUAAUGGGAAAAGUGGCUUCCGCCUGAAACCGGAGUUCAUGAGACGGACAGACAAGCACUUUGACCCCUUCACUGAGACCACUGUGGAUGGGAUUGUGGCCAAUACCCUCUCAGUAAAGGUGCUCUCGGGUCAAUUUCUCUCCGACAAGAAAGUUGGGACUUACGUGGAGAUAGACAUGUUUGGUCUUCCAGUGGACACGAGAAGGAAGGCUUUCAAAACGAAAACGUCACAGAACAAUGCGGUAAAUCCAGUCUGGGAAGAUGACCCCAUCGUGUUUAAAAAGGUUGUGCUACCAUCUCUGUCAUCGUUACGGAUAUCGGUCUAUGAGGAAGGAGGGAAAUUUAUAGGCCACCGCAUACUGCCUGUACAGGCUAUUCGACCAGGUUAUCACUAUAUCUGUCUAAGAAAUGAACGGAACCAGCCACUGAUGCUUCCUGCCCUUUUUGUAUACAUUGAAGUCAAAGACUAUGUCCCUGAUACCUUCGCAGAUGUAAUUGAGGCAUUGUCCAAUCCGAUUAGAUAUGUGAACCUGAUGGAGCAAAGAGCUCAACAACUCGCAGCACUAACUCUGGAAGAUGAGGAAGAAGAAAAGAAAGAUGCGGAACCCGGUGACAUUCCCACAGAGCCUAAUAAUGAUCCCAAGACAGCUCUCACGGAGAAUGGUGUCAGUCACACAUCCAGCCAAACAUCCAAACCCUCAACGCAAGUCACCCACGUUCAGCCUCCACCAGCUGCAGUCAAGACAACUGGUAAGGCAGAAGAUCUCAUGCACAGCGUCCUGUCAGAGGUGGAAGCCCAGACCGUGGAAGAGCUAAGACAGCAAAAACCAUUUGUGAAACUCCAGAAAAAACACUACAAAGAAAUGAAGGAACUGGUGAAGAAACACCACAAAAAAACCACUGAUUUGAUCAAAGAACACACUGCAAAAUCCAGCGAGUUUCAGAACGAGUAUUUAAGGCGCAGGGUACUUCUGGAAAAAUCAGCAAAGCGAGAUGGUAAGAGGAGGCCUGAAUCAGCGAGCCCGGAACAUCCCAGUUCCAGCGUCGAGCAAGAGCUUUCUGCCCUUGACGCAGAGAUGACGCAGAAGUUAGCAGAGCUCAAAGAACAACAGCAGCAACAGCUGUUAAACCUGAGACAGGAGCAGUAUUACAGUGAAAAAUACCAGAAGCGGGAGCACGUUAAGCAGCUUGUGCAAAAGCUGACAGAAAUCGCUGAGGAAUGCCAAGCCAACCAGUUGAAGAAACUGAGGGAGCUCUGUGAAAAGGAGAAGAAGGAACUGAAGAAGAAGAUGGACAAGAAGCGCCAGGAGAAGAUAACGGAGGCGAAAUCGAAAGACAAAAACCAGAUGGAAGAGGAGAAGACUGAAAUCAUCCGAUCUUACAUUCAUGAAGUGGUGCAGUCAAUCAAAAGGUUGGAAGACGCGCAGAGCAAAAGGCAAGAGAAGUUGGUGGACAAACACAAAGAAGUGCGUCAGCAAAUUCUGGACGAGAAACCUAAGCUGCAGAGUGAUCUCGAUCAAGAAUACCAGGACAAGUUUAAGAGGCUGCCACUGGAGAUCCAAGAAUUCGUACAGGACACACUGAAGGGGAAGUUCACUGACGAUGGAGAUCACAGUGCUCCACCUCCCCCCCUAGCUCCAGAUAAUGGGAAAUUGAAUCACAAGACAUGUUCCAAUGAGGACGACUUGGAAGACAAUAAAUCGGAUAAAGUCUUCGCUACUUCCCUUUGAUAUGGUCUUUAAGCUGUGUUAACUCAUUACUUUUUUUUUGCAGGUGGAGGAGGCAUUGAGGUAUGUGGGCAGGUGAAUAACUGCUUGAAUACUAGCCUGCGUUCUGGAAGACUUAUUCAAGCAUACAGUGCAGUGUCAGGGUCGUGUGUGUGGGUGUACAUUCUGUUCAAGUGCCAGUACAAAACCAAUUGUACAGCGCCACACAUUACAUUUCUUUGUAAAAAAAAAACCAUCAAAGAGGAACUUGAAACCUGUGAUGCAUAAUUGGCUAACAUUGACAACCCACAUAUCCAUAGCAUUGCAUGUAGGCAUCGUGUUGUAAGAACCCUCUGCUUCAGUCGCAAGCACAGGUUUUCCAUUGUCUUUGCUCUCUACAUAAAGUACACUUGCCAAAAGAAUUAUACAUUGCUACUUACUUUUAAUGUCAGCAAUGCUGAGGUAACAAUGUUGCUUAUUAUAAUUAGAGUUUUGGUUGUGCCAUUCUAAAACUUCCUGUAUAGCUUUGUCCAGUAUAUUUAAAGGGAAAUACGUAUCAGGGAUGCAUGCAUGAUGGAAGUAUUAUGGUUAUCACUGUGGAUACCUUAAAAUAUAACUGUUAAGAGACAGUUUUGUUGUGGAGUUUGUGCUGUAAUGUACUUCAAGGUAGCUUCACAGGGUAAAAUAAAAAAAAUGUCUUUGACUUGUGUGUACAAAGUAGAGUUACAUAGAUUUUCUAAAACCGGAGUUGUUAUUACAAGUUAAUGUGAGUGACGUAACGGAAAGUCCUUGUAUCUAACUGCACAAUCAAAAUAUUGUACCUUGCUUACAUCUGAAUCAUUUGUAAAAUUUGUUUUGUACAAUACCAGUGGUUGUAAAUAUCCUAAAAUGAACGGAAGAAAAAAAAAUUGCAGGCAAGUCAUUGUAUUAAUGUGUUUGAAUGCACUUUGUGAAUGAAAUUUUAAUUUCAAAAUUAAACACUGAAUAUUGCGAUAAGGCUAUGACUAGUCAUCACUGGUAACUUUACUAGUCAUCACUGUGGAGGGUAGUCACUGAAACAAUUUGUGCAAACUGAAUUCUUUGAUCUUUGGCAUGAUUCACUCCAUGCCAAACAUGAAACACGCAACAAAUACAGGUAUUGCAGCUGUUAAGUGGACAGGAACAGUAGUUUCAGAUUUAAGGAACUAUAUUGUUGUAAAAAUAUUUCAAUGUCAUUUUGGCUGCUCAAACUAUAAAAUACAUGGAUCUGUAAUUCCGCUACAUUUGGUAUGUGUAAUUAUUCUGAGUGAAAAUAUUUCAUUGCCAGCAUUCUGUGCAGUAUUUGUCUAAUAAUGGUGUUUCAGUAAAACGUUCUCUUUAUUUUUAUACGAUUGAAUGUGUUAUUCUAAUGAAAUCCCCACCACCAUGAGUCUAGCUAUAUAAUCAGCAUUGAUGAUGAGGUAGCUUUUUUGAAACUUAGUUUUAACUGUAACAGAUGAUCACAAAAACAGAAAAUCAUGGUUUUACUCUGUCAAUAUCACCCCCUACAGUUUUCAAUGGUUGUAAUGGAAGUAUGUGUGUGUAUAUGCAUAUACUGUAUAUAUGUGUGUGUGUGUAUGUGUGUGUAUACGCAUAUAUAUGCAACAUACACAUACAUACACUAUACUUGUUAUUUAAUGUUACUUGGAUUAGAUUUAUUGAAUCUAACAGAAGGGGUCUAUAUGAUGUGAAAGUCUUGUGCCUUUAAAGUAUUUACCUUGUUCUGUAUCUGUUUAAGUGGAAUAUUCAAAGUACUUACUGUGGAAAUCCGUAUUUAUGGCUGUUCUGUACUGAACUAGAUUGUAUGUGCACUUCAUUUAACAACUGCAAACACUACAGCUUGUGUUCAGCAUUAAAUGCGGGUCAUUCUUGGAUUAGGACAUUUAACAGUGUUUCACAAAAUUCAGCUCUGGUCCAGACAAAUAACAAAAUCUGUGGUAAUAGUGAGUGAAGCAUAAUUCUGUUUAUCUCACUGAUCAUAUGAAGUGGAUGGUCUGUGCUUUAAUAUUGUUCAAAUGUUUUCACUUAAAGUUAACUGUAGAAUAACAAAAUAAACAAAGGGAGGACUUCACGUGAAAAGGGUGUAAAUAAUAUUAUCUUUAACAAUGAUAAUUUGUUCUGAGAAGCUUAUUCAAAUUUUGUAUGAACUCUAUGCAAUUUUCUGGCAUGAUGUUUCUUCCACUAGUAAUUUUAUGUGCAUUCAUCAGUUACAAUGGAAAAAUAAAACUUCUUUGAACAUGGG